AUGGCGGAAGACAGCUGCCUUUUCGCCAAAACAUUACGGCAGUUUGCACGUUCUGCAGGUGGCAUUAACCCCACACCUUUCCCGAAAGUCGAGAGACUGCUGUCUUACUGCCCCCACGAGUCGUCAUGCCGAGGUCUCAGACUAGACAAACGAGCACAAGAUGCAGUGGUAGCCCUGGGAAUCUACUUCCUGGAGUCGGGACUUCAAUACAAAGAUAAGAUCCUGCCUUACCUCCUGGGUGUACUGAGGGGACUCACUAAGGCUCAGUGGACCAAUCAGAAACCACUUAAAUCUCAGACACUCCCACGAAGUGAGUGUUUCAGUUUCUGUCUUAACACCAUCCUCAGUGAUGUCGCCAAGAGAGAUCAUUCUGUGAGGGAACAGAUAAUUUCUGCCCAGUUAGAAGUCCUGGAAGUGCUAACAAAGCUGUGUGAGGGAUCGUACGAGAUACCAAAAGUUGUCCUGUGCACCGCCAUAGUUCCUACUCUGAUCGGAAUGUCGCGUGCGAUUGGGCGUUCAUGUGAUGGAUCUGUUCCCUUGAUUUCAAUCCUAUUCCCAUCGGAAGCGACCAGGAAAUGUUCCAAGGUUCCUCCUAUAGAUACAUCGUCUACUACCAAAGUGAUGGCUUUCCGGUCCAUUCUUCCGCGUACAAUGUCCUCUCAUGUGAUUACACAGGAGUCUUCCGGACCAUCGAGUCCUGUAAAUAUUCCAUCACUGGAUUUUCCAUCACCAAGGUCACGAGAAAGGUCGCCAUCUCCGAUACCCAAUCAGAUAAAAGACAAACCGACACAAGAGGAGGAUCUAGACCCGGCCGUACAUUACUUCAACAAAGUUGGGUCGAGUCUCACCCAGACCAAACCCUGGGGAUUCGAGAUUGUACCUGAACAAGAUCAUCUGAAAUUUUCUAGUUCUCAUCUCCAAACACUUGUGGGAGUGGCUCGACGACUUUUGAACAAGGAAACUUUGAGACACCUAGAUGAAUCGUUGAAGGAUUUUUAUGCCGAGUUAGAGCCAAACAAUGGCUUUAGCUGGUUUCCUUACAAGUCCUUCAGUGAGACCCUCACCCUGGUGGUCAUCACUCUACUGAGAGACGUGCUGGAACAGGAGAAAGACCUGCCAUUGAGCUUCAUGAGUGAUAUCCAGGACUUUGCCACUGGGAUGUACCAGACAGGCCAGGCAGAACUGGACAAGAAGCCACGCCCACAUCGGGAUGGGGAACAUAAAUGGCACUUUAACCCUUAUGACUUAACAGUCCUCAGUAGUGCUGCUUGUGUGGACCUCCUGUUCUGGGCAGUCCGGGAGGAGCAGGAUGCGGAGAAUUUAUGUCUGAGAUUGUCGGAGAAGAUCAGUAUGAACACGGAGAGUAAACUACUACUGUCUCAUACUCCCCUGAUCCUGGUGGCUCUCGAGGCUCUAGGAAAGUUAGCUGUCAAGUUUCCUUACCUGGCGUCCAGUAUGUGUGCUUCACUCCGCGACUUCCUGGUCUGUCCCUCACCACUUCUCAGUAAACUUAACAAGUAUGCCACUCCCGAUGGACGCAGCAGUAUCAAGAUCACCGUUACCGACGGUAACAACUCGUCCACAUCCACACACUUGCCUGCCGACAGUAAACGUAACAGGCCUAUGAACAAGCUACUUAAGGCAUUGGAGAAUAUCCGAGACUGUGCCAUUAUGAAUAUCUGCAGGGAGUCAACUUUGAUUUCAACAAAUACGAUUUUGACCUUAGGUCAUGUUGCUGUAGCACUGAAGGAAACACCAAAAACAGUAGAGGCUGUUCUUCAAAUCUUCCAGCAGCGUUUCUGUUCACCUCCCUCUGCACUGGAUGUGCUAAUUAUAGACCAGCUGGGCUGUAUGAUCAUGGCCGGAUGUUCGAGCAUUUACCAGGAAGUCAUGUCCAUGUUCACUCAGAUUAGUAUUGAAAGUAGCUCCCCCUACACCAAGGGUGAUGUUGACGAGAAGGUUAAAGGUUACAGACAAGUGUCGUUGGCUGUGAUAAAUGCCCUGGCCAACAUCGCGUCCAACAUCCAGGGGGAGGGCGAGCAGCAGGAGCUACUGGUCCGCCUGCUGGAACUCUUCGUCAACAUGGGUCUGGCUGCCAAACGUGCUAGUGAAAAAACUGCCGGUGCCAUGAAGGCGUCCAGUAGUGCUGGCAAUCUUGGAGUGUUGAUCCCUGUCAUAGCUGUGUUGGUGAGAAGACUGCCCGUGAUUCACGACGCUAAGCCCCGCCUCCAGAAGUUAUUUCGAGAUUUCUGGCAGUACUGUGUUGUGUUUGGUUUUGUUGUCGAGGAGUCGGCCCUCUGGCCCCCAGAGUGGUAUGAGGGGGUCUGUGAGAUAGCAGCCAAGUCUCCUCUCCUAAUUUCUAAAGAACAUCUCCGGUCAGAACUACAAUACAACGUUGCUCUCCGGAAUGACACAGUGGCUCCGGCUGAAUUAAAUGAAAUAAGGACAAGCAUCUGUAAUUCUCUGGACAACAACCCUGAGGCGUACCCUCUGAUACAGAAACUCUCCUUUGCACAGUGUACAUACCUCAUGUCUGUCUUCAAACUCGAGACUCUCAGAGUACAGAACUCAGACUAUCUGUCAGCUUUCCACGGAAUAUUUAGAUACCUGGAAGAUAAUACAAUCUUCAAAGACAAAGCAGGUAUGUGGCAGUGUAUCGUGGCAGUAUCAGACAAGGUGUUUGAUAAACUACUGGAUACACUUGAGGAGCGGCCUAAAACUGUGGCCAGGGGGGAGGAGCUAGAACAUCACGCCCAGUUCCUCAUGGUAAAGUUCAACCACAUCCAUCGCCGUAUCAGGAGGGUGGCUGACAAAUACCUGGCCGGCCUCAUCGAUAGGUUUCCCCACCUGUUUUGGAGUGGUACAAUGCUGAAGAGUAUGUUGGAUAUCUUACAACUGUUAUCAAAGGCACUGGAGAUGGACCCUAACCAGGACGCUCCAGAGUUCCAGGUCCCUAACUCACCGUUCCAUCUGAGGGUCCCAGACAACUUGACAGACAGGGAGACACUGGUAAAGGACUUCGCCUUGCGCUGCCAGUCAAUCCUACAGGAGUCUAUGAAGUGGGCUCCCAACACGACACGGUCACACAUGAUCGAGUAUCUCCUGAAGAUGGAGAACACAUCCCAGGGUUUAUUUACACACAGUGGACUCGCGCUGGCUACUGAGAGCGUCCUGAACUACGCUGGCUACAACAAAUCAGCUGCUCCCCUUGGGACAGCUACUCUGGACCGUCGCCCCAACUGUGUGACUACAGACAGCUCUAGUUUCAUGGCCACGUUCAGCCUCCGUAGUCGUUAUACAGGGGAGGUUUCUGGGAUGAAAUCUGUUUGUGAUGAAGCUGAACUAGCCAAGAUGUUGUGUGACAAACUAAAGAUAGCUCUCCAGAGUGGAGAUGAGAACAAGUGCAAACAAGCCAUGUUUAGAGUGUGUGCCUUACUUGUGUCAGUGAAAGAUUUUAACCGGCGUCUGGUACAUGCCUUGUGCUGGGCCCCAUCACAGAACUUCACUGAGAGGAUAAUGGAAUGUACAGUGUCUUGUUGGGAGUGGAUGUUGGCCGCACGUCCAGACUUCAGUAUAGAGUUCCUGUGUGAAAUGGCAGCAGCCUGGCAGAUUACCAUAGACAAGAAGCUGGGGAUAUUCCAGGAGGACCCAGCUAGAACUGAUCCUCUGGCGAAGGCCGAGGGGCAGACAUUGGAACCAAAUCCUCCAUACGCCGGGCCACACCAGAUCUGGACUAAGUUUUUGGCCGAGCGUAUUGAAGUAGCUCGCUAUAGCUCCGACGACCAAGUUAGCAUUCUGUGUAGUCUCCUCAAUAAGUCCCUGGCCAUCGGUGUCGGCAAGCAGCCCAGUCAAAUCUCGCGACACCCUGCCGCAAUCGGACCACGCACAAGACUACUGACAAUGGCCCUCUCUCUACUACAAGGAGACUUCCUCUCCAAAACUACAAACAAGACUGUUCUCAGAGAGAGAGUGUAUGCAGCAGCCCUUGACUAUUUUGCUGGUCCAGUUAUAUACCCCACACAGCGAAGUGUUCACCUGAGGGAAGACAUCAUAACUAUCAUCAAGUUCUGGAAACAGAUGCAUGGGGACAAAAAGUACCUAACACCAAGCACAGUACCAUUUGGAAAUAUGGGUGGCGGAGAUACCAACACACUCAACAUGUCCCAGAGUGCCGGCAUCUCUACAGACCUGAUGCAGCAGACUAAGUGGAUCAACACCAUCAAUUCUGGCAUGUCUACAUACUCCAAACGCUCCUCCAGCCAAAAGUACGAGAGAUCUAACGGUAUGAGGAAAAACCAGGGAACUAAUUCGGGUCACAUAAAGGAGUAUUUACGCAAGCGUACACUGAUCCUCACUUUAAUGGGAUAUGCACUGGAGGAAUUCAUCACCUGGCACAACCCAUUGGAAUCCCCGGACCUAAAAGUUCCUGACGAGGACAAGAUAGCAAUCUGGAGAAGCCAGGCCGUCAGUGAGAAGGCGUGGCGGGAACAAGUGAGGGCGUCCUGGGAACUCUGUCCAACACUGGCCGCUUACCUCCCUUCCAGGAUCAAGAAAUCUGAGGCCCUAGUAAAGGAAGUGAUCCGAUUGGUUCGACUGAACCCAGGGGCAGUGAGCCAUAUCCCAUCGGCCAUCCGAUAUCUUGUCACCCCAGAGAGUGUGGAGGCCGAUUCUCCAGAGCUGAGCCACAUGUUGACCUGGUCAGUGGUGUCUCCAGUCGUCGCUCUAUCCUACUUCUCACGACAAUACCCACCCCACCCAAUCACAGCCCAGUACGCUGUGAGGGCGCUGAGGUCACAUCCCCCGGAAGCCCUGCUGUUUUACAUUCCUCAGCUCGUCCAAGCUGUUAGAUAUGAUACGAUGGGAUACAUGGCAGAUUUUAUCCUGUGGGCGUCCAAACACUCCCAGUUACUGGCCCACCAGCUGCUGUGGAACAUGAAGACCAACAUAUACCGGGACGAGGAGGGGCAGGAGAAGGACGAGGAGAUAGGUGACACUCUGGAGCGACUAAGCGAUGCCAUCAAGAGGUCAUUAUCUGGACUUGCUCUCAUGUUCUAUGAAAGGGAGUUUGACUUCUUUGGUAAAAUCACCGCUAUUUCAGGAACAAUCAAACCUUUCCCAAAAGGACCUGAGAGAAAGAAAGCAUGUCUGGAGGAACUCAGCAGGAUCAAGCUCCAGCCAGGGUGUUACCUACCAUCUAAUCCAGAAGCUAUCGUGGCUAAGAUUGACUACAAAUCAGGAACACCGAUGCAGAGUGCUGCCAAGGCUCCGUUCCUGGCCCGGUUUGGCGUAAAGAAAUGUGGGAUCACAGAAUUGGAAAACCUUGGUAUGAGUGAUACCUCCAACCUUGGAAUACAGGAACAGGAUCUGGUCUGGCAGGCGGCCAUCUUUAAAGUGGGAGACGAUGUCAGACAGGACAUGCUGGCUCUCCAGGUGAUCUCAAUGUUUAAGAACAUCUUUGAGCAGACAGGGUUAGAACUAUACUUGGUUCCAUACAGAGUGGUGGCCACGUCUCCUGGAAAGGGGGUGAUAGAAUGUGUACCUGACAGUAAGUCUCGUGAUGAGAUCGGGAAACAGACCGACAUCAGUAUGUACCACUACUUUAUACAGACGUACGGGGAUGAGGAUACCCACGACUUCCAGACGGCGAGAAGGAACUUUAUCAUCAGUAUGGCAGCCUAUAGUAUUGUGAGCUUUCUACUUCAGCUAAAGGAUAGACAUAACGGCAACUUAAUGUUAAAUAGUGCCGGUCAUAUUAUACAUAUAGACUUUGGAUUCUUGUUUGAAAGUUCCCCUGGAGGGAAUCUCGGCUGGGAGCCUGACUUCAAGCUCACAGAAGAAAUGGUGCUAAUCAUGGGUGGGGCGAUGGAAGCUGCUCCAUUCCAGUGGUUCAUGGAACUUUGUGUCCAGGGAUAUCUGGCUGUCAGGCCAUAUCAGGAAGAGAUUGUCUCCCUUGUUUCUCUGAUGCUGGACACUGGGUUACCGUGCUUCAGGGGUCAGACCAUUAAACAACUGAGGUCAAGAUUCCGACCCAAUGCCUCUGAGCCCGAGGCAGCCAACUACAUGCUCAAAGUGGUGGAGAAAUGUUAUCUGAGCUGGAGGGCCAGUUCUUAUGACAGGAUACAGUACCUACAGAACCAGAUACCAUACUAAUAGUGUCAAGGUAUCUCAACUCUUAUGACAGGAUACAGUACCUAGAGAACCAGAUACCAUACUAAUAGGGUCAAGGUAUCUCAACUCUUAUGACAGGAUACAGUACCUACAGAACCAGAUACCAUACUAAUAGUGUCAACUUAAGUCAACUCUUAAAGGUCAGGGUUUAGUGACCUGAACUCUUAUGGUCAAAGUUUAGUUACCUGAACUAUUAAAGGUCGGCGUUUAGUGACCUGAACUCUUAUGAUCAACAUUUAGUAACCUGGUCUCUUAUGGUCAAAGAUUAGUGACCUGAACUAUUUAAGGUCAGAGGUUAGUGAUCCGAACUCUUUAGUACAGAGUUUAGUGAUCUGAACUUUUUUAAGGUCAAGGUUCGGUGAUUUGAACUCUGAAGUUUUGUUAUUUUAACCUUUAAGGUCAAAAUGCAUUGAUGUGAACUCAUUAAGGUAAAAGUUUAAUUAUCUUAACACUUCAGUUCAGAGUUCAUUCGUAAACCAUAUAGUUAAUUUGGUACAGUUAUAUAAUUUCUAUGUUAAUUUAUUUCCAUUAGUUAUAAUGAGUGUAGCUUGUAUUGCCGACGUAAGUCAAGUGUUAUUUAAGUUUUAAUUAAUCUACUAUGAAUCAUUGUCAUUAAAACAGGCGAGUAGUGUGCUACAUAUAGCCAUCAUGGUUUAACUAUCAUACUUUAAAAUCACUGUUUUCUCCCGUUCAAAAUUUUGUUUUAUUCACACAAUUCAAACACAAUUAAAUACCCUAUGAAUAUUAAUAUUUUUCUGAUCAAAUAAAAAAUAAGAUAAAUGGAUAUUGCUCUAAUAUAUAUACCUCAGUGUACUUAGAAAUGUACUUAAUUGAACUAAUAGUUUUUACCUACUAUCCUCUUAAGUAAUAGCGUGUACUUAUCGACCCGUGACUUAAUUAUUAUGGACACAUGUGACAUGUAAUCUGAGUAGUCGUUUGAGAUUAUUUAUGUUUUAAUUAUCAUUGAUAUGAAUAUUUUUUUGGGAAAUCCAACAUAUAAAUACUCAGCCCCGACAUAAAGAUAUGUAUUAAGAGGUAAUGUUAGAGAUUUAACAAACAAGAUGUCAGAACAAAGAUAUUUUAUUUAAUGUAGGUAUUUAAUGUUUACAUCAGUUAUUUACCUGAUAGUAACAUUCCAUGCUCUGUUAUUGAGUCCCACAAACCAAUGUUUGGGGACUUAUUGUUUUUACUCUAAUUUCUUCUUAUUAUGAUUAUGUAAUAAUAUUCUUACUUUUUCUUCAGCUGCUACAGUUUCCAUAGUUUUUCUCAGAAAGUAGUACGUAAACAUACUCAUUUGGGGGUCUAAGUGUACAACAGACUUUUUAACCUCUAUUAGAAAACCAAGAUGAUUGGAUUUAGACUUUGGACUCCUAUUUAGGUGAAAAUUGCUUUAAUAGGUGUCACUUCAAUAGGCUAAAGGGAAAUCCCCACAAGCCUGAUCUGGCAUGCCUAGGUACACACUCAACAUUAUUUCAAGCUCCCUCUUCCCACUGUUGACUUAAGUUGACAUACCAAUCUGACAAGUGUUGAUUUGCUGAAAACAGCACCUGACAUACAUUUAUCCAGUACUGUUACAAUGACAUAUAAUAGAUGUCCAAGACUUUGGAAAACAAAUUUGUUUAUUUUGUUAGGUUACAUUUUUUCCAUCAUAGUAAUAAAUAUAACCAAUAUGGAGGAUUGCUACAUUUCACUUUUGAUAUCACUGUCUAGGACAUUGCAUAUUGGUAAAUGUGAAACUAGACCUAAUUUAGUAAAACAUGUUUUAAUAACAUACAAUGGUUACACUAACCUUUGUGUUCCUAUAUGAAUAAACAACAUCCCAAAAAAUGUACAUGUAGUCUACCAUGUUGUGUAAACUUCUAGGGGCGAUCCUAAUAACUAGUACCGGUACAAAAUACAGAGAGAGUUCAUGGGGGCGAUCCUAAUAACUAGUACUGGUACAAAAUACAGAGAGAAUUAAUGGGGGCGAUCCUAAUAACUAGUACCGGUACAGAAUACAGAGAGAAUUAAUGGGGGCGAUCCUAAUAACUAGUACCGGUACAAAAUACAGAGAGAGUUAAUGGGGCGAUCCUAAUAACUAGUACUGGUACAAAAUACAGAGAGAAUUAAUGGGGCGAUCCUAAUAACUAGUACUGGUACAAAAUACAGAGAGAGUUCAUGGGGCGAUCCUAAUAACUAGUACCGGUACAAAAUACAGAGAGAAUUAAUGGGGGCGAUCCUAAUAACUAGUACUGGUACAAAAUACAGAGAGAGUUAAUGGGGGCGAUCCUAAUAACUAGUACCGGUACAAAAUACAGAGAGAGUUAAUGGGGCGAUCCUAAUAACUAGUACUGGUACAAAAUACAGAGAGAAUUAAUGGGGGCGAUCCUAAUAACUAGUACCGGUACAAAAUACAGAGAGAGUUAAUGGGGCGAUCCUAAUAACUAGUACCGGUACAGAAUACAGAGAGAGUUCAUGGGGGCGAUCCUAAUAACUAGUACCGGUACAGAAUACAGAGAGAGUUAAUGGGGCGAUCCUAAUAACUAGUACCGGUACAAAAUACAGAGAGAGUUAAUGGGGCGAUCCUAAUAACUAGUACUGGUACAAAAUACAGAGAGAGUUAAUGGGGGCGAUCCUAAUAACUAGUACUGGUACAAAAUACAGAGAGAGUUAAUGGGGCGAUCCUAAUAACUAGUACCGGUACAAAAUACAGAGAGAGUUAAUGGGGGGCGAUCCUAAUAACUAGUACCGGUACAGAAUACAGAGAGAGUUAAUGGGGGCGAUCCUAAUAACUAGUACCGGUACAGAAUACAGAGAGAAUUAAUGGGGCAAUCCUAAUAACUAGUACCGGUACAAAAUACAGAGAGAGUUAAUGAGGCGAUCCUAAUAACUAGUACCGGUACAAAAUACAGAGAGAGUUAAUAGGGGCGAUCCUAAUAACUAGUACUGGUACAAAAUACAGAGAGAGUUAAUGGGGCGAUCCUAAUAACUAGUACCGGUACAAAAUACAGAGAGAGUUAAUGGGGGCGAUCCUAAUAACUAGUACCGGUACAGAAUACAGAGAGAGUUAAUGGGGGCGAUCCUAAUAACUAGUACCGGUACAAAAUACAGAGAGAGUUAAUGGGGCGAUCCUAAUAACUAGUACUGGUACAAAAUACAGAGAGAGUUAAUAGGGGCGAUCCUAAUAACUAGUACCGGUACAGAAUACAGAGAGAAUUAAUGGGGGCGAUCCUAAUAACUAGUACCGGUACAAAAUACAGAGAGAGUUAAUGGGGCGAUCCUAAUAACUAGUACUGGUACAAAAUACAGAGAGAAUUAAUGGGGGCGAUCCUAAUAACUAGUACUGGUACAAAAUACAGAGAGAGUUAAUGGGGCGAUCCUAAUAACUAGUACUGGUACAAAAUACAGAGAGAGUUAAUGGGGGCGAUCCUAAUAACUAGUACUGGUACAAAAUACAGAGAGAGUUAAUGGGGGCGAUCCUAAUAACUAGUACUGGUACAAAAUACAGAGAGAGUUAAUGGGGCGAUCCUAAUAACUAGUACUGGUACAAAAUACAGAGAGAAUUAAUGGGGGCGAUCCUAAUAACUAGUACCGGUACAAAAUACAGAGAGAGUUAAUGGGGCGAUCCUAAUAACUAGUACCGGUACAGAAUACAGAGAGAGUUCAUGGGGGCGAUCCUAAUAACUAGUACCGGUACAGAAUACAGAGAGAGUUAAUGGGGCGAUCCUAAUAACUAGUACCGGUACAAAAUACAGAGAGAGUUAAUGGGGCGAUCCUAAUAACUAGUACUGGUACAAAAUACAGAGAGAGUUAAUGGGGGCGAUCCUAAUAACUAGUACUGGUACAAAAUACAGAGAGAGUUAAUGGGGCGAUCCUAAUAACUAGUACCGGUACAAAAUACAGAGAGAGUUAAUGGGGGCGAUCCUAAUAACUAGUACCGGUACAGAAUACAGAGAGAGUUAAUGGGGGCGAUCCUAAUAACUAGUACCGGUACAGAAUACAGAGAGAAUUAAUGGGGCAAUCCUAAUAACUAGUACCGGUACAAAAUACAGAGAGAGUUAAUGAGGCGAUCCUAAUAACUAGUACCGGUACAAAAUACAGAGAGAGUUAAUAGGGGCGAUCCUAAUAACUAGUACUGGUACAAAAUACAGAGAGAGUUAAUGGGGCGAUCCUAAUAACUAGUACCGGUACAAAAUACAGAGAGAGUUAAUGGGGGCGAUCCUAAUAACUAGUACCGGUACAGAAUACAGAGAGAGUUAAUGGGGGCGAUCCUAAUAACUAGUACCGGUACAAAAUACAGAGAGAGUUAAUGGGGCGAUCCUAAUAACUAGUACUGGUACAAAAUACAGAGAGAGUUAAUAGGGGCGAUCCUAAUAACUAGUACCGGUACAGAAUACAGAGAGAAUUAAUGGGGGCGAUCCUAAUAACUAGUACCGGUACAAAAUACAGAGAGAGUUAAUGGGGCGAUCCUAAUAACUAGUACUGGUACAAAAUACAGAGAGAAUUAAUGGGGGCGAUCCUAAUAACUAGUACUGGUACAAAAUACAGAGAGAGUUAAUGGGGCGAUCCUAAUAACUAGUACUGGUACAAAAUACAGAGAGAGUUAAUGGGGGCGAUCCUAAUAACUAGUACUGGUACAAAAUACAGAGAGAGUUAAUGGGGGCGAUCCUAAUAACUAGUACUGGUACAAAAUACAGAGAGAGUUAAUGGGGCGAUCCUAAUAACUAGUACUGGUACAAAAUACAGAGAGAGUUAAUGGGGGCGAUCCUAAUAACUAGUACUGGUACAAAAUACAGAGAGAAUUAAUGGGGGCGAUCCUAAUAACUAGUACUGGUACAAAAUACAGAGAGAGUUAAUGGGGGCGAUCCUAAUAACUAGUACUGGUACAAAGUACAGAGAGAGUUAAUGGUGACAGUUCUCACCAUAUUUACACUAGUGACUUGAAUUAUAAAAUGAUGAUUGUAUUUUUACUUGUUAACAAAAAGGAAUUAAAAUUGUCUGCAUGUAUAAGUAGACAAGGAUUUGAUGGAUGCAAUAUCAUAAUUUCUAUGGUAAUAUGAUAUUUCAUAUAUAUAAUAUAUUUGAGGAUUAUGAAAAUACAAAAAAUAUUGUCCAUAUAUGUUUUAAUUUGAAAUGUAAGACUUCAUCUGUUAUGUAAGGGACAUAUUCUGUCAUUGUUUAGAAACAUCACCAUGUAUAGUUUUGUGUUGUAUUUGCCUGUAAGCUAGGUAUACAUAUAUAAACAAACUAGAUAUCAAUAUUGUCAGAUUAACAACUCACAUUUUUCUUACAACAUUCGAAAUAAGAUAAAACAUACUUUAACCAUAGUGCUCUGUGUUUAACCAGAGGAAACCAUGUCCACAUGUUAAUGGGUUCCGUCAAUUGACAUUUCAUGAGUGCACUAUAAUCAAACUUGUGGAGUAAACUGUAUUAUAAGAAGCAAUAUGUAUUCAGUGUAGAUGAUGAAUGCAAAAUAUGUGCCAUGGUCAUCUUCAUUCGGUUAUUUAAUUUAUUUACUAAUAUUUGUAGUCGUGUAUAUAAGUCUGCAUAUACGCCUAGGAAAAGUCAAUGUAUCAGCAAAGUUGUCUCCCUUUCAUGUAUAAUUGUGAAACAAAGGGAGAGUUCUCUCUCGUUCAGGUAAAUGUAAAACAAAGUUAAGAGAACUAUCCUUCUCAGAGGCAGUAAGCAAGGAGUGUUCUCCCCUUCAGAUAUGAUUGUGAAACAUUAGUAUGGUGCUCUCCCCUUUAGGUCAUGUGGUGUGGAAUUAGAGUGCUCUCCCUUUCAUGUCACGUAAAACAAAGAGUGCUCUCCCCUUCAUAUCAUAUGUAACAGAAUUUGAGUGAUUUCCUCUUCGUGUCAUGCAAAACAAAGCGUUUCCCUUCCAUUUCAUGUGAAGCAGUGAUGGAGAACCCUCCUGUUCAUGUCACAUAAAACAAAGAGUGCUCUCCCCUUCAUUUCAUUUGAAGUAGAAUUAGAGUGCUCUCCCCUUAAUGUCAUGUAAAACAAAGAGUGCUCUCUCCUCCAUUUCAUGUGAAGCAGUUGUAAAUGCCCUCCCAUUUACAUAAUUAUGAUAUAAUUAUUGACCUAAUGGUAAGAGCUAUGUAAAUGGCAAUAUUUGUUAUAAGUAUGGUAUAGGAACCUUGCAGUAUGAUGGUGACAAUGAUGUUCUGGUCGAGUGUGAUAAGUAGCCAAAUGAACUAAGUAUUAUAGUAUAUUAUUGGAUGUUUUCUUGUUUUAAUUUGUUAUUGUUUUGUUCUUUCUAUCUUUUAUGUCAUAAUGUGUGUGAUUUUAAUUGGUCUGACAGGCUGUGUAUAAGUUAUUGAUUAUCUGACAGACUGUGUAUAAGUUAUUGAUUAUCUGACAGACUGUGUAGAAGUUAUUUAAUUCUCAUGUCAUUUGGGAAACAAAAACUUCAUUUGGUACCUUUGGAAUUUUCUGAAACUCUUCUGAUAUAAUUUCCUCACUGAAGUUUAUCUGUGAUUCUUUCUGAAACAAAAUAUUAGCCAGAUAUUAUCAAGACAGCACUUAAGUUUUCAUCAGAAUUUUUCUGAGACCCUUUCAGGUAUAAAAACACGAAAGUUGUGUAAAGAUUUUAUUUUUUUAUCCAUCAGCUUUUUAUUGGGAGUUAUGUCCCCUUUUGGGUAAUCUGUAACCAAGGCAUUCUACUUCAUUCUACAUUGUACUACUGUCCAUAAACCAAUAGACUUGUAUGAAACUUUGAUUUCGUUAGUUUUUAUGUGAGAUUAGGGAUAUUGAAGUUUUCCUGUGAUGUGAUUCAGUUUAAUUUACCAUCAAUAGUAAUCCAUACUCCUCACAUACACUGCUUUUCAGUUAGAUUAUGUUAAAUUAUAAAGAUAUUAACAAGUAAAUCAAUAAAUACAUGCUAAAAAGUGUUACUGUGUAAAUCAGGCAUAUAAUUAUUGAGAUCUUCAGUUAAAUUAUUAUCUAUAAAUAUAAUGAAUACUACAUUAUUUUUUAUUGUAUGUAUGCUUUACCAAUGUGUUUUUAACAUUGAUGUGUUUUCUAUUCUGACCUAUGUUAAUUUUCUGUGAUUAUAUUUAAGUAAUUAUAAUCAUGGCAGUGCUAGAGUGUACACUAAUAAAUACCUUAAGCUGAUAACAGAUGCUUUCCUUUUAAAUUCAUGCCAGGUCUGCUUACAUGUAUUCUCAAAAAAAAAUAUCAGAUUAAUGAUUCCUUGUAUUCUAUACUCAGUACUAGUAAAUCAUUUGAACAGGACUAAAUUUCCAAAUGCUGAUUAUUUUUACAUGUAUCAGCAGUUUUUGCAAUAUUCUGGAGAAAGGUCAAUUGAAUGGAAUCUUGAUUCUCAAAUUCUUUUAAUCUGUUUGGUAAAAAAUAAACUGACAUAGGUAUUGAAUAGCAUGAAAAUGAUCACCAUGUUAUGUCGGAUGGUAAAGACUAAUGAUACAAAAUCGUCAGAACCCGUUUUAAAACACUGGUGCAUUUGAUUAGUCCUAAAUAUAUAAUUAAAGGUUAUUUAUUUAAAUGUGUUAUAUAUGGUAUUGGUAUCUGUAUUAUUGUGUUAAUUGCCAUUAUCUUUAUUUCCUUCCAGAAUUAAAGUUGAAACAUAGAAAUAGAGAUUACAACAUGUAUUUGGUAAUGACCUGUGAUUACUGAUUGUAAACUGAGGUGAAUUCUAUUUCUGUGUGAGGAUACAGGAAGAUUAUACUUAUCGUUAAAUAAAGUGUAUUCAUGUGUAAUUAACAAACAGGAUACCGGGGCCCAGUUGUUCAAACGGUGAUUAGCUUAAUUACGUGAUUAGUGAAAAUCUUCUUUCUCCUUUACUUCAAAGCCUGAGUGUGUGUAUUCCUUAAAAUAGACAGGUAGGAAGAAACUGGCAAGUGUUAGAGUUUUAUAAAAUUUUGUCAAGUUAGUUUUACCAGACAUUUUUUAUCUGGAUUUUUAAAUUGUUGUUAAACAUGCAGUGAUUAACCUAAUUACGUUUUGGACAACUGGGCCCAGUAAGUGUGAUUUAAAUUAUUUUAUUAUUAUUAUUAUUUGAGUAGCAUGACAGAUGUAUUCUUUAAUAUUGAGUAAAUGAUUUUACAAUUUGACAUCUCUCCCACGUUACCACUUACCUGGGGUUUGAUCAAUCUUACUGGCUCAGACCAAAUCUUUAGCCGAUCGUUUAUGUAGUAUCUGUAAAACAAAUGUUAUUAUCAACUUCUAGUUACUGUACAUAACGUUUUUAAUUAACAAAGUUCUUUAAUUUGAAAUGUGCUUAUGUACAUUCCUGUAUCUCCUAACACAGAAGUUAAAACUACAUCCCUGUCAGUAUGAAGACGACAGGGUACAGUAGUAUAUCUCUCUCCAGGUUCUAGUCUGUCUGCCCGUGACACGCUGGAAACCGUUACUUUAAAAGUGUCGACAAACUAUCCCGUAGUUAAAGAGGUUCACACAGUUGACAUGGUGUAAAUGGAGUCAGAAGAAAGCCUGCUAGUUAUUGUGCUAUGGAGACUGUUCUCCAGAGUUGUUACUGUCAUGUAUACGAUAUAAAUUAUGAAAAUCUAUCUGA